AUGUUUGUUCCUCAUAAACCAUGGUAUUUUGAAAAAUACAUAGAUUUCUUUGAUUAAGAUGGUACACCUAUUGGAUUUGAAAUUGAUGAUCAAGUUUAUUUCUUUGAUAAUUAUGGAGGUUGGGUUGAUCAUUAAGGUUGUUAUUAUAAUUCCAAUUGUUAACCUGAUGGAUGGCUUAUACCUGAUGGAAAAGAUGAAAUACUUCAUUAUGAUCAAAAUAAGAAGUUUAUCAGAUCAUAUAGACUUUCAGAUCUAGAUUGGCUUAAUCGUCAAGAUCAUUAUAGAAAAAGAAGACAAUCUGCUGCCAAAUAAAUCCAAAUAUUAGAACAAUUAGGUUGGGAAUUAACUAAAAUUACAAUUUGA